AAUUCUCUAUGAAUACGCAUUGCUCCGAUGGCCGUCUUAUUCGCCGGUGACGUCUGUGGGAUUACCUUGAAACCAAUUUGGGUGAUAGCUCGGUAAAUUCAGCUGAGCCCUUCGUAAUGCAUCCUUGAAACCUAUUCCGAGUCGAAUCAGAAUUAGAUCUAAUUUCCUGUGACUAAUGCACAGCCGCACGCCAACGCCUACUGUUGUAAACCAAUUUUUUUCGCGUGUAUCGGAAAUCAGAUGGCGACCUUAGACCGGAAACUUGCACCAAUCGGACGCCAUAAAUCUAGCUCACGGCGGCUCAAUCAGGGUAACCGCUUGCAGCAUCUCGACUUUCAGUUCCAACUGUUCAGCGGACGAGUGAAUUGUGAAAUCCAAUAUGGCACCGUCUUUCAUAUUGAAAGGGAUAGUUUUCGUGCUGUCAUGUGUCAUCACCCGAGCAGUGGCAAUCGUCACACUGGAUAAGGAGGCCAUGGCUGCUCAUGAAUGCGCAGCGGAUACUGCGAUGGUAGUUCCAAAUUUUAAGGCCAACUGGUUCAAAGCGAUGGAGUACUGCCACUACUUGGGCCGUAACCUGGUGAUGGUCGGAUCGGCCGAGAAGCAAGCCAUCGUUGCCAAGGUAAUCGAAGGGACCGACAAGGCCGGUGACAAUUCGUUCUGGAUCGGUGGCAGUGAUCUGGCCGAGCUGGGUAACUUCCACUGGCACUCGAUGGGAACGCGCAUCGUGUGGUCCAACUGGAACGAACUGGUAGAUGCCCCGACGGCCCGAGAUACCCAUCGGAAGGACGACCGGUGUGUGCUGUUGAACAACCUGAACGACGAGGCGUCACCGGAUGGGUUCAAGUGGAUGGCGGUGAACUGCUGGGAUGAGUACUACUUUGUGUGUGAGAGGCCGAUUUUUGACAAGUGACGUGGGAAUUUUGUCAAAAUCAAGAGGAAA